AUGUCUCACGAUCCAAGGUACCCUUACGGUUAUCCACCACCAGCCGGCUACCCACCGGCACCCUACCCUCCCGCGCCCGGCUAUCCACCACCUCCUGCCGGCUACCCGCCGCCUCCUGCCGGUUAUCCGCCUCCACCAGGCUACUACCCGCCGCCGCCGGCAGGCUACCACCACCCUCCACCCCCGCACUACCACCACCCGCCACCCCCGCACUACCACCAUGGCGCGGUGGCCCAUCACAACAUCGGCCAUGCCUUGGCGCACGGCGUAGCUCACACGAUGCACCUCUUUGGAAAGAGGAAGCACAAGGGUCACUUUGGAUGGGGGAAACACAAGGGGUACCACCAUCACCACUACGGCCACCACCAUCACCACGGCCACCACUAUGGAAAGUGGAAGUAA